UUUUCUUUUAUAUUUUAUUGGUUUUUCAGUAGAAAUGUAGUCAUUGAAAUGUUAAUGAUAAUUAUAAAUCAGAUAAUUUUGUACAUUGAAUUUAAGAAUUUUUAACAUUUAUCAUUUGUUGAGGGUAUAGCAAAACAAUCAGUUUUAAUAACUGCUAGAUUAUCAGCUGAUUGAUUUCAGAAUAACACAUAUUUAGAGAACCAAACAAAUUUUAUAUUCAUUUAGACUACUACAAAGGCCUAUGGUUUGGGGGCCCGAUGUCGUAAAUAGUGUAUGUUUGUCUAUCAUGCACAAGCUCCAGGUUUCAGUCUUUAGAUACACACACACACACUUAACUUUAAAAACUAGUUUAACAGCAACAUAGUGUGACUUUCCUACAAUACCCCUUCAGAUGGUGGUGAGAAACCACAAGAAUUGAAUAAAGAGGGCUGAGAAGAGAUCCUUUCCCUGAAGGACCAAAGAUAACAGAAUCCCACUCAAUUUCCACCAUCUAUCCUGCAGUACUGUUAUCUCCACCAUGUAUCCUGCAGUACUGUUGUCUCCACCAUCUAUCCUGCAGUACUAUUAUCUCCACCAUCUAUCCUGCAGUACUGUUAUGUCCACCAUCUAUCCUGCAGUACUGUUAUCUCCACCAUGUAUCCUGCAGUACUGUUGUCUCCACCAUGUAUCCUGCAGUACUGUUAUCUCCACCAUCUAUCCUGCAGUACUGUUAUAUCCACCAUGUAUCCUGCAGUACUGUUAUCUCCACCAUCUAUCCUGCAGUACUGUUGUCUCCACCAUGUAUCCUGCAAUACUGUUAUCUCCACCAUGUAUCCUGCAGUACUGUUGUCUCCACCAUCUAUCCUGCAAUACUGUUAUCUCCACCAUCUAUCCUGCAGUACUGUUAUCUCCACCAUGUAUCCUGCAGUACUGUUAUAUCCACCAUGUAUCCUGCAGUACUGUUAUAUCCACCAUCUAUCCUGCAGUACUGUUAUAUCCACCAUGUAUCCUGCAAUACUGUUAUCUCCACCAUGUAUCCUGCAAUACUGUUAUCUCCACCAUCUAUCCUGCAGUACUGUUAUCUCCACCAUCUAUCCUGCAGUACUGUUAUCUCCACCAUCUAUCCUGCAGUACUGUUAUCUCCACCAUCUGUCCUGCAGUACUGUUAUCUCCACCAUCUAUCCUGCAGUACUGUUAUAUUUUUAUAUGCCUGCCCCGCCUUUUAGCCGUUGAGCACAUUCCCUUUCUUCAGAGCGAGGUGGAGGGCCAUGUGCCACUACAACAGUGUUAAGUAUUCUGUCAUUCCCCUUGCACUGGAUCAGCAUGGAAAGCCUUGGCAGGCCCAGCUUGUCAGUGAAGACAUUUCUGCUCUGCUUCUAACAAGUAAAGGUUACUCAGUCUUUAUCUGAAUACCUACAAUGGCUAUAAAUUCACCUUUUAACAGCUUUAUUGUUUCUAGACAAAUGCAAUCAAAUGUUUUAGCAUAUUUUUAUUUUACUAUUUAAGUGAAUUCAUUUUGCAGCCUUGGCUUGUUGAAUUGUCUCUUCACUAUUCACUUUAAAGUACAGGUUAUUUGAAAAUAUGUAGGUCAUGAUAGAAGCAAUGAAAUUAUAAACUUUAAUCUUACACAUGUCUAGUAGUGGUGUUCUAGUUAUGAAUGCUUCAUAGUAAACAGAAGGGUCACUUUUCAGUUACGACUUUAAGCCUGGGAGUAAAUAUAAUUUUCUUUUUGACCAUUUGAGAAAAUGAAACCUACUUUAGGCUUUUAUAUAACUGUUGCAUAAAUUCAUGAAUAUGAAAUCUCCAAUAGAUAAUUGAGAAGUACAUUAACAAACCAGUAUUUAAAAGAAAGUAAAUUAAAAUGUCAUUCUUUUUCACCCAUAUUAAGGAUGACCAUGCCAUUGCUGUGAGUCAAACUUUACUAUGGAAUGGAUACAUCCCUAUAUUAUCAAUAAUAUAAACUAUUGAAAAUAUUUUGACAUUAUCAAGAACUUCAAAAUUUUCCUGGCCUUUUAACCUAUACUUCUGCUUCUAGGGGAGGGGCUAUGCUAAUGAGGUAGUCCUAAAUCUGUAACAAGCUAUUUUUACAGCAAUAUUUGCUAUAAUAUUAUUUACAUCGCAGAAUGUCUUGAACACAGAUUUUGAGCUUCCUUAAAUUGCAUGUAAAAUCCUGUGCGUGGUUUUGUCCCUUGAAGAUCCUGGGCUCUCAGGCAAUGAGAUUAUUCUUUUGAUGUCUGAAAUAUUAAGAACUAUUACUUUUAUCAAGAACUGUUGUUUUUAUCACUGGUGCUUAGCCCACUAGGAGAGUCUUUCAAAAGGGAUGAAGUAAAGAAAGGACUAGAAGGAAAUACUGUACUAUAAAAUGUUAUUUGAGUAGAAGGAAUAUGGGCAUUUUUAUUCUUCUUUCUGCUUUUCUGUAUUUUUCAGAUAUUUUAAAAUGAGUAUACACUACUUUUACAAUGUUAAUAAGUUACCAAAGUGUGAACUUGAUGAGCUUACCCUGGAAUCAAACAGCUCUCAAGGAAACCUCUGCAAAAAAAAACUUAUGGAACGAAUUCAGAAUCCGGAAUACUCAACAACGAUGGAUGUUGCACCAGUUAUUUUAGCUGCUCAUCGUAACAACUAUGAGAUCCUCACAAUGCUUCUGAAGCAGGACGUGGCUUUGCCCAAGCCCCAUGCUGUUGGCUGUGAAUGCACGCUGUGUUCUGCGAAAAACAAAAAGGACAGCCUCAGACAUUCCAGGUUUCGUCUUGAUAUCUAUAGAUGUCUGGCCAGUCCAGCUCUAAUAAUGUUAACAGAGGAGGAUCCAAUUCUGAGAGCGUUUGAACUUAGUGCUGACUUAAAGGAACUCAGCCUUGUGGAGGUGGAAUUCAGGAAUGACUAUGAAGAGCUAGCCCGUCAGUGCAAAAUGUUUGCUAAAGAUUUGCUUGCGCAAGCUCGGAAUUCUCGUGAACUGGAAGUUAUCCUAAACCAUACAUCUAGUGAUGAGCCUCUUGACAAACGAGGACUACUAGAAGAAAGAAUGAAUUUAAGUCGUCUGAAACUUGCUAUCAAAUAUAACCAGAAGGAGUUUGUCUCCCAGUCAAAUUGCCAGCAGUUCCUGAACACCGUUUGGUUCGGACAGAUGUCAGGUUACCGCCGUAAGCCCACCUGUAAGAAGAUAAUGACUGUUUUGACAGUUGGCAUUUUCUGGCCAGUUCUGUCACUGUGUUACUUGAUAGCUCCCAAAUCUCAAUUCGGCAGAAUCAUUCACACACCGUUCAUGAAGUUUAUUAUUCAUGGAGCUUCAUAUUUCACAUUCUUGCUGUUACUCAAUCUCUACUCACUUGUCUACAAUGAGGACAAGAAAAAUACAAUGGGGCCAGCCCUUGAGAGAAUAGACUACCUUCUCAUACUGUGGAUUAUUGCCCUGGGAUUACUGGUGUACACUAUGUACCUGGUAAAGGAUCUCUGCUCAGCAAGUGGGAUGAUUUGGUCAGACAUUAAGAGGCUGUGGUAUGAAGGGUUGGAAGACUUCUUAGAAGAAUCUCGUAACCAGCUCAGCUUUGUUAUGAAUUCCCUUUACUUGGCAACUUUUGCCCUCAAAGUGGUGGCUCACAACAAGUUUCAUGAUUUUGCCGACCGGAAGGACUGGGAUGCGUUCCACCCCACACUGGUAGCAGAAGGGCUUUUCGCCUUUGCAAACGUUCUGAGUUACCUUCGGCUCUUCUUUAUGUACACAACCAGCUCUAUUUUGGGCCCACUGCAGAUUUCAAUGGGACAGAUGUUACAAGAUUUUGGGAAAUUUCUAGGAAUGUUCCUUCUUGUUCUGUUUUCCUUCACGAUUGGACUGACACAGCUCUAUGACAAAGGGUACACUUCCAAAGAGCAGAAGGACUGCGUAGGCAUCUUCUGUGAACAGCAAAGCAACGACACCUUCCACUCGUUCAUUGGCACCUGCUUUGCUCUGUUCUGGUACAUCUUCUCCUUAGCGCAUGUGGCCAUCUUUGUCACCAGGUUUAGCUAUGGGGAAGAACUGCAGUCCUUCGUUGGGGCUGUGAUUGUCGGAACUUACAAUGUCGUGGUUGUGAUCGUGCUUACAAAGCUACUGGUAGCGAUGCUUCAUAAGAGCUUCCAGCUGAUAGCAAAUCAUGAGGAUAAAGAAUGGAAGUUUGCUCGAGCGAAGCUAUGGCUCAGCUACUUUGAUGACAAAUGCACACUGCCCCCACCUUUCAACAUCAUUCCUUCUCCAAAGACUAUCUGCUAUAUGAUCAGCAGCCUCAGCAAGUGGGUGUGCUCGCACACCUCCAAAGGCAAGGUCAGACGGCAGAACAGCUUGAAGGAGUGGAGAAACUUAAAACAAAAGAGAGAUGAGAACUACCAGAAGGUGAUGUGCUGCCUAGUGCAUCGAUACCUGACCUCCAUGCGACAGAAGAUGCAGAGCACAGACCAGGCCACCGUGGAGAAUCUCAAUGAACUGCGCCAAGAUCUGUCAAAAUUCAGAAAUGAAAUAAGGGAUUUGCUUGGCUUUCGGACUUCUAAAUAUGCUAUGUUUUAUCCAAGAAAUUAGCCAUUUUCUAAAUCUUGUAGAAAUAAUUUUCCUUAAUAAAUCUGAAAGACUGUAUUUGCAUACCUUUCAAUUAAAUCAAUAAGAUAUAUAUGGGCAUAAACAAUUACACAGAAGCCAUUCUUUAAAUAUUUAUAGCAUAAACAUAUGUUGUGUAAAUAUGUAUAUAGAGCUAGUUUUUUAAAACCUGUCUGUGACUUUUUGUAGAAGCAAAACCAUUUUGUUAGCAUGCUACUUUGUUUUCUUAGUUGGUCAGUGCUUACAUUCGACGUGUGUAAGAGGGGCAGCUCUCAGUGUACGCAUGGCCCACUCCAUUUAUACGCGAAGAUCAGCAAACGCGGCUACCUUAAGACACACUUGAAGAGCUCAUGCUGUUGAAAUCUCUUGUUUUAGGAGUUCACACAGAGUUCAGUAUAUAUUGUUUAGGAGUUUAGCUUCAUCUAAAAUACCCUACUUUUUCUUUUGUUAGAAUCUUAAGCAGCAGAGAAAAGUUUAUAAUAAAUAUUUGAAUUUAACCCAGUCAUGGUGAUGAAUGCCUUUAAUCCCAGCACUCGGGAGGCAGAGGCAGGCAGAUCUCUGAGUUCAAGGUCAGCCUGGUCUACAGAGUGAGUUCCAGGAUAGCCCCGGCUACACAGAGAAACCCUGUCUUGGAAAAAUAAAAAACAACAAAAAAAAAUUUAAAUUAUUUAUUUAUGUCUAUCUAAAUUCACGUUGGUAUUUGUUGUGUAGUAUAUUUACUUUUACAUGGUUAUAAUUUAUAUUUUUAAUUUUGUUUUGACAUAACAUUAUUUUAUAUAUAUUUCUCUAUAUUAAGGUAGUUUAUAUGUUUAAAUAUUUAUAGACGUCUGUGAAUUUUGAAAAAUAGUAGCCAUCUUUUACCCAUAGAAUACUUGUUUCUAUUUAUACCCUCGCAGAGGUACCUCUUAGGCAUUUGGCUAGUUUAGCUUUUCCUUCUAAUUUUUCAAGUUGGAGUAAAACUCAUCGUUACAAAGUAGAAGCUGCUUAUCUUCAUGUGCGGUCACAGUGGGCUUGGCCGGAGAGCACUGGGCCUUGCUUGCAGAAGGCUGCUUUCCGUUCACUCCAGGGCUCGUGAGCUCCUCUUCCAAAGUUUCUCCCACAGAGCCUACCACAGCUUCUACAAAACUGGCCUCGUGCUUGCGGCUUGAGAUGUAAAGCAUUGUUUAUUCAAUUUGAAAAUAAAAAGAAUUUGACUGCUUUUCAGUGUUCAUGUAAAGGUGGAGCUGAAGGUUUCCCCAGCUAUGGCACAGACAUUCCUGCAGCACGUUUGGUGAGAAAUUACCUUCGGAACUGAACGUCAGCUGGCAUUGAGGCCACAGAGUGCAGACAGCCCUGGUCUGUGAGCGCCGCCCACCCCGGGGCAGCUGAGGAGCCCAGUGUAGGUUUCAUCUUGCUUUUUGCAUUUGUUUUUAAUGUCCAGGUUUAAGUGUUCCCUCUUUUGGGCAAAUUCUUAUAAAAAUGUUUAUUGUAAAAUUAUAUAUUUUGUCUACAAUGGGAUUAUGCGCUUCCAAGUUGAUAUUUUACAUCAGGAUUUUUAGUCAUUCUAAAAAAAAUACCUAAUUAUUAAAAAAUUUAUAGAGUACCUAUGUGUGCAUGAAUUACUGACGAGGUAUAUUUUGAAUGACAGCAUAUUGUAAGAAAAGAGUGAAUAAAAUUUGGCAUUAGAUUAUAAA